GACUGAGACCGCAGGUGCCGUCCCUCCAUGUUUAAAAUGCAGCUGCCCUUAACAUGGCACACGAGACCCUAGGGCAGGGGUUGGGUUCCUUUCAUUACCUGGGGUAAGCCAGCACGCAGCGUGGAGCUUGGCGUCCUGCGGGCACUCAGUGAGUGUCCGUGUCAACCUCCCUCAGGAGCUGCUGACCGUCCUCGGUGUGUGACCUGUGGCCUGUAGGCACGAUGGAUCUGGCUUACGUCUGUGAGUGGGAGAGAUGGCCCAAGAGUACCCACUGCCCGUCAGUGCCCCUGGCCUGUGCCUGGUCCUGCCGUAACCUCAUUGCCUUCACCACUGACCUUCGAAAUGAUGACCAAGACCUCACCCGCGUGAUCCAUAUCCUGGAUACGGAGCACCCCUGGGACGUGCACUCUGUCAGCUCGGAGCACAGCGAGGCCAUCACCUGCCUUGAGUGGGACCAGUCAGGCUCCCGGCUCCUGUCGGCCGAUGCCGAUGGGCAGAUCAAGUGCUGGAGCAUGGCAGACCACCUGGCCAACAGUUGGGAGAGCCACGUGGGCAGCCUGGUGGAAGGAGACCCCAUUGUGGCCCUGUCCUGGCUGCACAAUGGUGUGAAGCUGGCCCUGCACGUGGAAAAGUCAGGUGCCUCCAGCUUCGGGGAGAAGUUCUCCCGCGUCAAAUUCUCACCGUCACUGACGCUGUUUGGCGGCAAGCCUAUGGAGGGCUGGAUCGCAGUGACAGUCAGUGGCCUGGUCACCGUGUCUCUGCUCAAGCCCAGCGGGCAGGUGCUAACAUCCACGGAGAGUCUGUGCCGGCUGCGUGGCCGUGUGGCCCUGGCUGACAUCGCCUUCACUGGUGGUGGCAACAUCGUGGUGGCCACUGCGGACGGCAGCAGCGCCUCCCCCGUGCAGUUCUACAAGGUGUGCGUGAGCGUGGUCAGCGAGAAGUGCCGCAUUGACACCGAGAUCCUGCCCUCGCUCUUCAUGCGCUGCACCACCGACCUCAACCGCAAGGACAAGUUCCCCGCCAUCACCCACCUCAAGUUCCUGGCCCGCGACAUGUCGGAGCAGGUGCUCCUGUGUGCGUCCAGCCAGACGAGCAGCAUCGUGGAGUGCUGGUCCCUGCGGAAGGAGGGGCUCCCGGUGAACAAUGUUUUCCAGCAGAUCUCACCUGUGGUCGGCGACAAACAGCCCAUGAUCCUGAAAUGGCGGAUCCUGUCGGCCACGAACGACCUGGACCGCGUGUCCGCCGUGGCGCUGCCGAAGCUGCCCAUCUCACUCACCAACACCGACCUGAAGGUGGCCAGCGACACCCAGUUCUACCCCGGCCUCGGGCUGGCCCUGGCCUUUCACGACGGCAGCGUCCACAUCGUGCACCGGCUGUCGCUGCAGAGCAUGGCUGUCUUCUACAACUCGGCCGCCCCACGCUCUGCAGAUGAGCCGGCCAUCAAGCGUCCGCGGGCCAGUGGCCCCGCCGUCCACUUCAAGGCCAUGCAGCUCUCCUGGACUUCACUGGCCUUGGUCGGCAUCGACAACCAUGGGAAGCUGAGCAUGCUGCGCAUCUCGCCGUCCAUGGGCCACACGCUGGACGUGAGCCUGGCCCUGCGGCACCUGCUGUUCCUGCUGGAGUACUGCAUGGUGACGGGCUACGACUGGUGGGACACGCUGCUGCACGUGCAGCCCGCUAUGGUGCAGAGCCUGGUGGAGAAGCUGCACGAGGAGUACACCCGCCAGAACGCCGCCCUGCAGCAGGUCCUAUCCACCCGGAUCCUGGCCAUGAAGGCCUCACUGUGCAAGCUGUCCCCCUGCACGGUGGCCCGUGUGUGUGACUACCAUGCCAAGCUGUUCCUGGUGGCCGUGAGCUCCACGCUCAAGUCCCUCCUGCGCCCGCACUUCCUUAACACCCCCGACAAGAGUCCUGGUGACCGGCUGACCGAGGUCUGCAGCAAGAUCACCGACGCAGACAUCGACAAAGUCAUGAUCAACCUCAAGACAGAGGAGUUUGUCCUGGACAUGAACACGCUCCAGGCGCUGCAGCAGCUCCUGCAGUGGGUGGGGGACUUCGUGCUCUACCUGCUGGCCAGCCUGCCCAACCAGGGCUCCCCGCUGCGGCCGGGCCACAGCUUCCUGCGGGACGGGCCCUCGCUGGGCCUGCUGCGCGAGCUCAUGGUGGUCAUCCGCAUCUGGGGGCUGCUGAAGCCCGGCUGCCUGCCCGUGUACACGGCCACCUCGGACACCCAGGACAGCAUGUCCCUGCUCUUCCGUCUGCUCACCAAGCUCUGGAUCUGCUGCCGCGAUGAGGGCCCCACGAGCGAGCCGGACGAGGCGCUGGUGGAUGAGUGUUGCCUGCUGCCCAGCCAGCUGCUCAUCCCCAGCCUGGACUGGCUGCCCGUCAGCGACGGCCUGGUCAGCCGCCUGCAGCCCAAGCAGCCUCUGCGCCUGCACUUCGGCAAGGCCCCCCCGCUGCCUGCCGGCGCCGGCGCCCUGCCGCUGGAUGGCCUGGUCCGGGCGGGCCAGCCCAAGGUCGACCACCUGCGCAGGCUGCACCUGGGAGCCUUCCCCACGGAGGAGUGCAAGACGUGCACCAGGUGUGGCUGCGUCACCAUGCUCCGGUCACCCAAUAAGACAACAGCUGUGAAGCAGUGGGAGCAGCGUUGGAUCAAGAACUGUCUGUGCGGGGGGCUGUGGCGGCGGGCGCCCCUCAGCUGCCCCUGACGGGCCCUCGCCGGGGACACGACGUUCCAUGCUCUCCGGACCUUCACCAGGCGCACCGAGAAACAGCUGUCCCGGGAGUGUGGUUCUCCGCCCAGUCCAGCGAGGUCUGUGCCCCGUCAGCAGACCUGCAGGGGGGACGUGGCCUGGGGGCGUACGUGUCACCCACUGCCCGGUGGGUGCUGCUGUUUUCUCUUCCUCGAAGCCUAACGGUGGCUCCCAGGCGGAGGGACCCCGGCACCCAUCCUCCCGUGCCAGGUGGGGAUGGAGAUGGUCCUGUGGAUCCCAUGGCCACGGGGAGGACCACAGCACACGCAGUGCCCUCCCUGAGUGCCCAGACCUCCAGCGGCUCCUGAGGAAGCUCCUGGCUCUGAGGGUCCAGGGCGGCCUGGGCCUCCGUCUAGAGUGUGCCGUGCGAUCCUGCGGGCUGUUGGGCGUUUGCGUGGGUGCUGCGGGCGACACCAGCAAGGGCACUUGCUUCCAUCUCUUCCAGCCGCGCCCCAGUGGUUCUGACCGCAGCAGGCCCAAUAAACGUCCCGCCUGCUCA